UAUAAGUUAAAUUUUAUCUACGAUAUAAGCAAUAUUAAAAAAUUGUUCAUGAAAAUCGAAAAAUUAUAAUAAUCUAACAUUAAAAACGUGGAAUUAAUCAUCAGAUAGAAAAUGAAAAAAAGAGAAAUCGGAUCAAAGUUAAAUAAUCCUCAGUUUUUAUAUGUUGUAAAAUUAAUAAUAUUGUUUUAUAUAAGCUAUAAUUUAGGUUAGAUGUGGGAUAAAAAAGUACAUUGGAUGAUAAAUCUAUUCUAUGUUUUGUUUGUGAUGAUAUUUAUACAUGUGAUUAGUGUACAUUGUGUAUUUAAGUUUUAGAUAAGUUUAAAAAUAUUUUUAAUAUAUUUUUAUAUAUUAAAAUUUAAAUAACUCGAAAUUAAUGAAUAUUUAAUAAAAAGUAUUUUAGAAUAUUACAAAUAUUAUUAUAAUGUCUUAUUCUUUAAUUUCAUGGGGUGCUAAUUCUCACGGCCAACUUGGUCAAGGAUUUCGAUCGGAAGAAUGUGUUUUACCGUGUGAAGUUAAUUUAUCAAAAUGCUCAUUAGAACCACAAAAAAUAAAAAAAAUAAUUGGUGGUGCUGGUCAUACCUUAAUUUUAGAUGAUUAUGGUUGUGUUUAUUCUUGCGGUUGGAAUAAUAAAGGGCAAGUGGGUUUUUCUACAAAAGAAGAUAUUCUUUUAUUUCAAAAAUUAAAUGGAAAACUAAAAAAUAAAGUUAUUGUGGAUAUAGUAUGUGGUUGGGAUUGUUCUGCUGCGUUAACAAUAGAAGGCACAUUAUUUGUAUGGGGCUCGAAUUCUUUCGGGCAAUUGGGAAAGCAUCCAAAUAAUUUACAAUGGACGCAUGAACCCUUCGAGGUUGUAAUUGAUCGAAAAAUCAAAAGAAUUUCUAUAGGUUUAAGACAUAGCGUUCUAAUAACGGAAGAUUAUAAAAUUUUUGUAGCGGGGACAGCUAGUAAAGGACAAUUAGGUUUAAGUUCCAUAAAAAAUGAAAAAUCUUUAAAUGCCGUAUAUACUUUUACAGAAGUUUUGACAUUAUCAAACAUUGAGAAUAUCAGUUGCGGUCAACACCAUACGAUCGCGGUAGCAAAAGAUGGAAAUUUUUAUGCAUUUGGUGAUAACAAAUAUGGGCAGUUAGGAAUAAAUACAGAUAUAUUUCCGAAAACAUUAAUUCCUAUAAAACUAUCAGAUCUUCAAUUUAAAUUACCAUUUAAUUUAUAUAGUGGUUGGUCGCAUGUGAUUAUAUUAAAGAAUAAUUAUAUUUUUGGUUGGGGCCGAAAUACAUAUGGACAAUUGGGUAUUGCACAAUUAGAAAAAUCACCAACUUGGAAAGUUAUACAACUUGAAAAUAUACCUAAAAUAUAUCAAGUUUCUGUAGGCUCAGAACAUAAUGUUGCGCUAACUGAAGAUGGAAAAAUUUUAUGUUGGGGAUGGAAUGAACAUGGAAAUUGCGGAAAUGGCCAUACCAAAGAUGUUAAAUUUCCGGAACAACUUCUACUUUCUUAUGAUUAUGUGGGUAUUCUUGUCGGAAGUGGUGCAGCUCAUUCAUUUGCAGUAAUAAAAAUAUCUCCUAAGAAAUAAUAAUAAAAAAUAAAAUAAAAUAAAUAAAAGAAAACUAUCUUGAAUAAUUUAUGUUAUGAAAUCCCUAUAUGUAUUCUUAUCUAAUAAAUAUAUGUAUGUACAUAAUGUGUAUAAUGGAUAAUGAAUAUUGAAACAAAAGAAAUUUUCUUUUUGAAUAUUACAUAAAA